AUGCCUGAGCUUUCAUGCCUAUACCUAUGCUCAUGUUUGAGGUUUCAUGCCUAUGCCCAAGCCCAGACCUUUUGUUGGGUACAAACAUAUAUCUGGGUUGCAACCCCUAAUGACAUAUGCUCUGAAGUACUUCAAUUUGAAAAAAAUAAGGCUUUUACAAAGGAAAUGCAGGAAGAUGUUAAAUUUUACAUAAGUUGGUAUUAUUUUAGCACGAUAUUGAUCAGGAAGGUUCUUAAACAAAAAUAUCUCUCUCAUUCUAUUUUUUUCAAUGAUUUAUAUAAAGAAAUCAGAAAAUAUAAACCAUUAGCACAAGCUAAUGAAAGUGACGCAUCAAAACUCUAUGAGGAAUUAUUGGCCAAGCAAUAG